CCGCGACGCUGGCCACGCCCUGGCCACGCCCUCUCUUUGCUCGAUCUGCUGCGAGCCCGGUUCUUCGCGGCCCGCCUCGCGCGUGGACGGGGCCAUCUCCGCGCGGCGGAUGGGCACCAUGAAGGAAUGGGUGUCCGACCAGCUCAUGAGCUUGCUCGGGUACUCGGAAAACUUUCUCACCGAUUACGUGACCAACCUCGCCUCGUCGGAAAAGUCGGCCGCGGCUCUCCUCGCCAAGCUGCACGCGGCCGAUCGCGACGAGUUCGCGGAGCGGCUGCGGCAGCGCGAUCUGGAGAAGACGCGCAAGCUGGGCGGCGACGCGCUCGCCGUGGUCGGCCGGCGCGAGGACGAGGCGCGGCUGCUCAAGGCCAACGACGAGGAGAAGGCGAGCGUGCUGGAGCAGCUGCGAAAGGUGUCGCGGCAAGUGUACCUGGAGAAGCGCGAGAAGCAGAAGCUGGAGGAGGCGCGCGACGACGUGCGCGACGAGGAGUACCUCUUCGGCGACGUCGAGCUGACCGCGCGCGAGAAGGAGGAGCGCGACCUCAAGAAGCGUCUUUACGACCUCGCUAACGAGCGCGUCAACAUCUCGGACAAGGUGGAGCGGUACACGAUGCCGUCCGCGUACGACGACCUCGAGGGCGGCGCGCGGCAGGACGAGCGCUUCGACGGGCUGCUCGCUCGCUACCAGGAGGAGGAGGGCGAGGAGAUGAAUGAGUUCCAGGCGUGGGACGCCACGCAGAUCAAGCGCUCGACGGCGCGGGUCGGAGCCGCUGAUCGGCGGGGCAAGGGCGCGCAGAUGGGCGAGACGGGAGGCAAGGAGUACGAGCUCACCCUCCCCGUCUUUCCGUACCGCGAGCAGAUCAUCGAGGCGGUGAACAACUACCAGUGCCUGAUCAUCGUCGGCGAGACAGGCUCCGGCAAGACGACGCAGGUGCCGCAGUACCUGAUGGAGGCGGGCUACUGCGAGGACGGCAAGAAGAUCGGCUGCACGCAGCCGCGCCGUGUGGCCGCCAUGUCCGUCGCCGCCCGCGUCGCCGAGGAGGUUGGCUGCAAGCUGGGCAACGAGGUUGGCUACUCGAUCCGGUUCGAGGACUGCACCUCGGAGCGGACCGCGCUCAAGUACAUGACGGACGGCAUGCUGCUGCGCGAGUUUCUCGGCGAGCCCGACCUCGCCUCCUACUCGGCGAUGAUCCUGGACGAGGCGCACGAGCGCACGCUCCACACCGACGUCCUCUUCGGCCUGCUCAAGGACAUCGCGCGCUUCCGGCCGGACAUCAAGCUGCUAGUCUCGUCGGCGACGCUCGACGCGGCAAAGUUCUCCGAGUACUUCGACGACGCGCCCGUCUUCAACAUCCCGGGCCGCCGCUACCCGGUCGACAUCCUCUACACGAAGGCGCCCGAGGCGGACUACCUCGAGGCGGCGGUCGUGACGGUGCUUCAGAUCCACAUCACGCAGGGGCCGGGCGACAUCCUCGUCUUCUUCACGGGGCAGGACGAGAUCGAGUCGGCGCAGGAGACGCUGCAGCACCGCACGCGCGGCUUCGGCACAAAGAUCGCCGAGCUCAUCGUCCUCCCCAUCUACGCCAACCUGCCGUCCGACAUGCAGGCAAAGAUCUUCGAGCCGACGCCGCCCGGCGCGCGCAAGGUGGUGCUCGCGACCAACAUCGCCGAGACGUCGAUCACCAUCGACAACAUCAUCUAUGUCAUCGACCCGGGCUUCAACAAGAUGAACUCGUACAACCCCCGCACCUCGAUGGAGUCGCUCAUCGUCACGCCGUGGGCCUACCUGAACGAGCUCGAGGACAACAUCAUCCCGGAGAUCCAGCGCACCAACCUCGGCUCGGUGGUGCUCAUGCUCAAGUCGCUCGGCAUCAACGACCUCAUCCACUUCGACUUUAUGGACCCGCCGCCCGCGGAGACGCUCAUCCGCGCGCUCGAGCAGCUCUACGCGCUCGGCGCGCUCAACGACCGCGGGGAGCUGACCAAGCUCGGGCGGCGGAUGGCCGAGUUCCCGAUGGACCCGCAGGCCUCGAAGACGCUGCUCUCCGCCGAGCCGUACGGCGUGGUGGCCGAGGUGCUCUCCAUCUGCGCGAUGCUGCAGAUCGGCGCCUCCAUCUUCUACCGGCCGAAGGAGCGCGCGAUGCACGCCGACAACGCGCGCAACAACUUCAACCGGCCGGGCGGCGACCACUUCACGCUGCUCAACGUGUGGAACCAGUGGGCCGAGACGCAGUACUCGACGCAGUGGUGCUUUGAGAACUUCAUCCAGGUGCGCUCGAUGCGCAAGGCGCGCGACAUCCGCGAGCAGGUCGAGGCGCUCUGCGAGCGGGUCGAGCUCGAGGUGACGUCCGACCCGCAGGCGACGGACGGGGUCGCGAAGGCGGUCACGGCGGGCUACUUUUACCACACGGCGCAGCUGCAAAAGACGCUCGACUACCGGACCGUCAAGCACCCGCAGACGGUCCACGUCCACCCGUCCUCGACGCUGCACGGCUCGCAGCCACGGUGGGUAGUCUACCACGAGCUCGUCUUCACCACCAAGGAGUUUAUGCGGCAGAUCAUCGAGAUCAAGCCCGACUGGCUCGUCGAGAUCGCGCCGCACUUUUACCAGCGGAAGGACAUCGAGGACGACGCGGGCAAAAAGAUGCCCAAAACCGCGGGCAAGGCGGCCGCGGCGGGCGGCAGGGGGAAGGCGUCGGUGACAUGACGCCGCGAGGGCGCCGGCGGGGGCCGCGCCCAAAUAAAUCACGUACAGUACACGCCCGACCGUGUCCGUGAUCUCCGUGAGAACCGUGUCCCUCUCGAGCGCGGGCCGCGGGGGGGGAAAUGUCGAUCUCCGAGACUUUGCACACAUACGUAUCGUGAUAGAAAAG